AAACAAGUGGAACGUCGGAAGAGAUUUUCGGGGAAAAUAUGCGUGAAAAUCAAUAAAUACUGUGAAAAAUCAGCGUUCGUUAGAAAAAUAAAUGUCUAUUGGUGUGCUGCAGCUUGCUGAGGACCGCGAAUUCAUUGAAGAUAUCUCACAAAGGAGCGAAAACAAAUCCACAUCGAUCGCAUUUGCAUACUAUAAACAUCAAACAACAACAAAAAUCCCAUAGAAAACUUUGAUUCUAUUCUUAGAUAUGGCUCGUGGAAGAGGCAGAGGACGAGGCCGGGGCGCCAGCAGAGGACGAAGAGCAGCGCGAGUCGUUUCGUCUGACGAAGAGCAACAACAACAGCAACAACCACAACAAGAAAAAGAGUCAAAUCCCGAAGGCAGUCACAAGGGGGAAGAUAACAUGGAAAAAAUGUCGGAAGUUGCCGGUCUGUCAGAACAAGUUCCAGAAAAGAUGGAAACCGAGACGAGUGUUGCCGAGCAAAGUAUCGAGGAAAAGGGAAUGGCCAAAAAAGAUGACGAUACAAACGAGGUCACGGAAAUCAAAGCACCAACAAUCGAUAUGGAAGCUGACAUUUCUCAGUUAGAAGCACCUACGUUCACGACAAUUUCACGAGGCCCCCCUGAACCGAUGCUGCAUCUCGAGUGGAAUCACAAGGUAAAUCUGAUCGGCGAAAAAGUCAUCAAUCCCAUGAUUCACUGCUGUGAUCAAUGCGAAAAGCCAAUUCUGAUUUACGGACGAAUGAUUCCGUGCAAGCAUGUCUUCUGUCUGGGAUGUGCGCGCAAAGAAACGAUGAAAAUGUGUCCGCGAUGCAAAGAAAAGGCGAUUCGAGUCGAACAAACGGGCUUAGGGACGGUAUUUAUGUGUACGCACGGCGGUACGCGUUACGAAAGUAAGGGAUGUCGUCGAACGUAUCUCUCGCAACGUGACUUGCAAGCGCACAUCAAUCAUCGACACAUCAGUACACCGAUUGUACCACGCUUGGAGAGUCUGGCAGUGAAAUCCAAUGACGUCGCAUCCGAGAGCGCCGCUUCAACGGGAAAUGUAAUUUUGUCGCCACAGAAAAAACCAGAGGCCAGAUCGUCCACCGUCCGCUCGGCUCAAACUGGAGGCACUCAAGCCAGCUCGUCUCCGAAUGCCACAAACCAAUAUUUCAAUGCACCUCAAUCGUCACAAAAUAGGACAGCUCAGGGAUACUUUUCGCCAUUUUCCGGAUAUUCGAACUCAAAUUCCGGAGCCGAUGCUCAAUGGAAUCAGGGACAGUACUACAGAUGAAAAAAGUUUAAAUCUAGAGCCUAUACGAAACGGAAAGACAAGUAACUGACGCAAUCUGAUCGGAUCUGUUGAAUACCACGAGAACUGGUACUCCUAUUGUAAUUAUUUAUAAUUUAGAGUGAAAAGAAGAUGAAAGCUUCUAUCAAUCUGUAAAUUCCUUUUUAUAAAAUAAACAAUAUAAAUAUCUAGUUGUAUUUCAAAACAAGAACAAUUAAAAAUUAUAUAAA